UUUGAAUACGAUUCCAUCAUAUAUAUAUAUAUUCCAUAUAUAUAUACAUUGCUGAUGCCUGACAGCCAUGGGCUCCCUGUACCAGGAUCCGAUGGCCUCCGUGCCAAUGAUUAUCAUGGACGAGACAAUUGGCCUGAGGCUGGUGCCAGACGAAAUAAGCCUCAGCGAUCCGGUGAUGCUGCGACACGUGCUCUGUAGCUCCAUUGUAGUGCACAAUCUGUUCCAUGUGAUUCUGUGCUGUCGACAGUUGCGCAAGUGCCACCGCGUCCAGGAGCCGCCGCGCCAAAUGAGAAACGUGAUGUCGCCGGCGGCCUUUCAGGCGGCCAAGAACGACGAAAUGCAUGCGGUGGAGCGGCAACUGAUGGGCUACGUAUUCGAUGCGAUCUUCAGCUGCAUGGAGCUGUACUUUGGCGUGUUCCAUAUACUGUGGGACCGCACCAUGGCCUUGUACGGCAAUGUGGGCGAGAUCGUUUGGCGUAACUUGGCCUACAUGGCGCUCUUUGCCACGUAUAUGGUGUUCCGCACGCUGCCGCUGGUCUUCUACGAGAAACUCACGCUGGACAAUCGCUACAACGUGGACCCGGAGAAGGCGCCACCGCUGGUGGGCGUCAUAUGCGCCCUGGCCUUUGUUAUUGUGUUUCUGCAGGUUCUGCUCAUUCCGCUGACCGCCAUCUUCCUGUAUAUCGAGAUCUAUGGCGGCUAUUAUUUUGUGUUCUGGAUCUGGGGCUUCCUGUUUGCCGUCUCGAUGCUGGCGCUCAUCUUCUUCAGCCUGUUUGGGCUGCCCUGUCUGGGCAGUAGCAGCAGGCUGCCCGAGGGAUCGCUGCGUAACCAGCUGCUCGUGGUGCUGGAGGACUACAAUUUUCCGAGCAAUCGCGUUACGCUAAUGCACACCUUUCAUAUCGCCAACGCGACGGCCUUUGUGUGGGGCUAUGGCUGCUGCAAGCGUCUCGUCAUCCUGGACAAUCUCAUCCACAAUCGGGCCAUGCCAGUGGCCGAGCUGCUGCCCGAGGAGAUCAACAUGGGCCUGAGCGACAUCCAGGUGGCCGCCUUUGUGGCCCAUCAGCUCUCCCACUGGCGCUACUAUCAUCUGCUCAAGGGCUUCAUCUUGGUGCAUGUCAGUCUGAUCAUCUACAUGGCGCUCUUUGGCACCUGCUACCACGUGCACGCCCUGUACGAGGCGGCGGGCUUUCCGCACAACUACUAUCCGAUUAUCGUGGGCUAUUGGCUGGUCUACAAGUACGUGAUGCCCCCCUAUCUGACAAUCGCCAAUUGGAUUAUCUUCUACUAUAUACGGCACUCGGAGUAUACGGCGGACAACGAUGCCUGGCGCCGGGGAUACGGACCCGCGCUGCGUGAGGCUCUGCUCAAGCUGUUUGCCGACCAUCAUGUGUUCCCCUUCGACGACCACUGGUACCUGAUGUGGUACCGCACACGGCCCUCCUGUCUGCAGCGUAUACGCAAUCUGCAGCGACUCGAUCUGGGCACCAGGCUCAGCAGAAUCGAGCUGAUCUGAUCCGUACUUUGGCUUUGCAUUGUAAUAAUUAAAAAUGGAUAUUUUUUGCCACAUGCC